AUGCGAUGCUCCGGCUGUACAGUGUUGAUGAAUGUACCAAAAAGUGACGAAGGUGAAAUCGAGCUUUGUUGAAUUUUUUUAAUUGUUUAAAAUUGCCUUUUGAAUCAAAAAAAUCAUAUUUGUCCAAAAAAAUGAACUUAUAAGAGACUUUUCUUGGAGCUGUUAAUGAAAAAUUUGCUGAAGUGUACUUGAGGAUUUUCAGAAUGAUAAAAAUCCAGAAAUGAGGGAAAAAAACUUCUAGAAAAAAAUAUUUUUUUCUAAAUAAAGACGCUUAAAAAGUUUGUAAAACACGAAACUGGAAGAAAAAAAGAGUUUUUAAAAGCCUUUUUAAGCGCAAUAACUCAAAAAAAUAUCAUUUAUGUGAUCAGGAGAUUCUGAGGUACAUUUCCGCCGACUCCCAUCUAAACUUCAAACGAGGGCUGUAAGUUCCCUUACCACUUAAAAUUUGUCUCACAAAAAACUUUUUUUCCAUCGACGACUUAAAGAAACAACACCUCCUUCCAUUCGAACAGAUUUUUAAGACUAAAAAAAUGGAUUACAGUUUGGAAACCGAUAAUUGAAGACAGCCUGGCAAAUCUUCAAAAAAAGAAGAAAGAUCAUCAAGAUUUAUUGGAAUACAUCGGGAAGCACACCGGCUGGAAUAUGACCAGCCUUGGGAGAGCUGCUGAUUUGGCUGACAACCUUAUUGAAAUUGUGAGUCAAUGACUAUUUUCUUAGGAUCAGUAAUAAUUUUAAAAAGGGGUUUUUCGGUUCAAUUUCCAAGUUUAUUUUUUAUAUUAAUUUGCCCAUACACAAUUCGAAGUGCUGAAAAAAACAAUAUAAAUCAAAAAUUUAAAUCAAUUUUUUUCUCUGCAAAAAAAUAUAAUUUCAAACUCCAGGACCUAUUCGGAUCUACCUAUCCUGACUGGAUCAAACAUCCAAGACUUGUCGGGUACGAUUUCGAAAAGAUGCGGGCCGAAAUAAUGAGCUUUGGUUAGUGAAUGUCCUUUUAUUAAAUAAACCUUAAAAAUUUUCAAUUUUUCCAGCCGAAAUUCAUCAAAUCGCCUGCGCUGACUAUGAACCUUGCGGAGGAUUAAUGGCCGGCCGAUGGUUACAGGAUAUUUUGGACAAACUGCAAAAGGCUUCCGAAGGCCGAGGCCCGAGUUUGGUUGGAUACGCUUCGGUGAGAAUGAAAUUAACCAACAAUUUGAACAGGUAAAAGUCCCUAAAGUAUAUUUCAAUUCCCUGGAGUCAGAAAAAAAACUCCACCAUAUAGUUUCGUAAGAUAAAAAUACAAAAAAGUUCAAAGAGUUCGAAAUUUUUUAUUUUCAAGCGUUUUUUGAAUUUUUUUGUUUUGAUUUGUUAAAUUUACAAUGCUUUCUGUGAUCUUUUUGAAACUAGGAAUUAUAUUAAGCGAAUUUUUUUAGUCUGUGAACCCAACUUUGAACGAAGUCUUUUUUUCCGAAUUAUUUAAACUGCCCAAGUUAGAUUCAAAAAUUGGAAGACUUGAGUUUCUUAACUCGUUCACUGACCGUAAACCAGAAUCAAAGUCAAGAAUAAAAACAUUUUUUUAGCACACGGAGAUCACCUUAUCCGUUAUGAAACUAAUGGGAAUUGAAAAGGAAGAAUUGACGACCUCGGCCGGAUUCAUUAUCGAACUAAGGUUUUUUUAUAUAAAAAUAAAUUUUACUUUCAAAAAAAAAACAAAAAAACCCCGGCGCCGGCUAUCCGACUACUCAAUCACGAUCCCAACCCUAUUGAUAAACACGUAAUUUAUCAGGUUAUUAUCAUUUCUUCACUGAAAAAAAAGUUUUUUUUUCAGGCUAAACUUUCCAACAAAUUCGAUACGAAAAUCCAAUCCGACGGGUUCAUUCUACUCGAAGAUUUUGUCAAAAUCGUGGGCAGCAAGGUAUUUUUUCCUCAUUAAAAAUGAGUAGCGAUAUUUUCAGGCCUAUUCCAAGUGGAGGACGGCGUGUGGAAUCGCGUGA